AUGGACCCCAAGCCGGGGCUGUUGCUUGUAUCAACUAGGCCUUCCGGGGAGGAAGCGAAGACAUCAGACUUUGGAGACAAAUUGUCUGGCGCAACCGUAGAGCUGCUAGAUAUCUGCACAUUGCACCAGCAGCAAGGACAGCAACACCAGCAGCAGCAAGGGCAGCAGCAGCAGCAGCAGCAAGGACAGCAACAGCAGCAGCAGCAGCAAGUACAGCAGCAGCAGCAGCAUCAGCAGCAUGCGAUAAAUAGUUUCCUGUUUGCUUGCCUUGGAGCGACAACAGCCAAGGCCCUCCUUCAGGAGGGUCCCCUGACUGAUACCCAAAAUCACCCAUGGACUUCCCAGCGAGGAGACAGCAGGCCUUAUUGGUUGCCCCUAGGGGCCCAUUUGCGGGGGUUGUGGGCCCCUGAGGAGACAGUGAAGCUUUAA